AACACUCCAAUCAUCUGUCUUUGGUCUCUUCUCAUUACCACAAUGGAGUUUUCCAACUCAUCUUCUCACCAUGUUCCGGUUCUGGUCUUAUCGACGAUGAUGAUGUUGUUGUCGUUGCCUGUUUAUGGGCAGAUCAACAAUCCAUGUACUCCCACCGUGGUCAGCACCUUCACGCCCUGCAUGAAUUUCCUUACCAACACCAGCUCGGCGAAUGUGAGUUCGCCGAGUGUGAAUUGUUGUAACUCUCUUAAGAACCUCACCAGUGGUGGCAUGGACUGCGUGUGCCUCAUUGUCACCGGAAAUGUCCCUUUCUGGAUACCGAUCAACCGUACCCUGGCCAUAUCUCUUCCCUUAGCUUGUAACAUGGCCGGUGUCCCUCUACAAUGCAAAGCGGCCGGUGGUGCGCCUAUUCCUGCUCCGGGUCCAAUCUCACUAGCACCCACACUCUCUCCUGGAGUUUCGCCAUCUUUAAGCCCCACAGGUUCCGUCGUGCCUGAACCGACACCGUCAGCCGAAGCACCGGAUUCCGACACCACACCAGCGCUAACUCCGCCAUCAUCGACGGAUAGCUCUGGAGCUCCUCCGACAGCCACUACAGGGAGCCGGGCUGGUGUUUCCCCAUCAGCUGCCCACCCCUCUUACAGUUUCUCACCAUUCCUUUUGGUGUUAACAUUAGGAUUUGUAAUAUUCAAGUAAUGCUGGGUUGUAAUGUCUCCAAUUU